AUGCUGCAAAGAGCUCUUGUUAGUGGCACUCGUGCUGCCCGCUCGGCCGCCAAAGCACCUGCGUCCCAAGCACUCCUCCGUUCUCAGUUCCAGACCAGCCCGGCCUUCAGGAUAAGAGCUGCUCGAGUGACCCCGACAGUAGCAGCAAGAUGGUACAGCGCAGAGGGCGAGGCGAAGGAUGUCAAAGAAUCCGAGGCGGCGGAAAAGAAGGAAGGGAACGGCACUUCUGAGCUAGAGGCUCUUAAGAAGAAGUUGGAAGCCAAGGAGAAAGAGGCCCUUGACUGGAAGGACAAGUGCCUUCGCUCCGUCGCCGACUUCCGGAAUCUCCAGGACAGGACAGCGCGCGAGAUGAAGGGGGCUCGGGAUUUCGCCAUCCAAGCCUUUGCCAAGGACCUCGUCGACUCGGUCGACAACCUGGACCGCGCCCUGAGCAUGGUGCCCGAGGACAAGACCAAGGCGGCGGAGGAUGCCCACGAGACGGCCAAGGACCUGGCCCAACUGUACGAGGGUCUGAAGAUGACCGAGGGCAUUCUCCUCAACACUCUCAAGAAGCAUGGCCUGGAGCGUGUCGACCCGACCGGCGACAAGUUCGACCCCAACGAGCACGAGGCCACCUUCAUGACGCCGCAGCCCGACAAGGACGACGGCCACGUCUUCUUCGUCCAGCAGAAGGGCUUCAAGCUCAACGGACGCGUGCUGCGGGCCGCCAAGGUCGGCGUCGUCAAGAACAAAUAA